ACAGGCGAAAUCGCUGGGCACCUAAAAAUAAACCAUCGGAUGAACUUUCUCUUGCACUGGAAUAACUGCAUCCAAAAGCGCUCCGUCAUAUAAAAAUGACCCGAUGACGUUGCACAGUAACAGUCGAAAGUUGGUCGGCAUCCCGGAUGAAAGCACAUCCCACAGAAAUAUGGUCGAAUUUAGUUGGCUGACCGUUUUCCUGUUAUCGAUGUUAUUUUUUGCUCCGACAUCGGCCAGUAUUUGUCGGCUCGCGUGUGGUUUCGUUCCGGUGGUCAAUAUCGAUGACGGAUGCAUCUGCGGAACGUACAUGGAUGGGCUGGACGGGGGUCCUUUCGAAGCCUUCUUGGGAAUCCCAUUUGCCAAACCACCACUGGGUGCGCUGAGAUUCGCUAACCCAGUUCCGAACGAUCCAUGGAAAGGCAUUCUGAACGCAAGCAUCCCGCGGAACGCGUGUAUCCAGAAGAACGAUUUUGUGCCGCAGGCUUCCAUCGAGGGUGUCGAAGAUUGUCUAUAUCUGAACGUGUAUAGGCCUAAGGGCAUCAUCCGUCCCCUACCGGUCAUGGUUUUUAUUCAUGGAGGCGGAUACAUAGCCGGCAGUGCUCAUCCUGCCCUGUUCGGACCGGAGAAGGUAAUGGAUGCGAAAAAAGUAAUAUUGGUUACCGUACAAUAUCGUCUCGGAGUAUUGGGAUUUCUAUCGACCGAAGACCAAGCUGCUCCGGGGAAUUUCGGACUGAAGGAUCAAUCGAUGGCUCUUCGUUGGGUUCAGCGGAAUAUUCGCGAGUUCGGUGGAGCUACGGAUCGGGUAACUGCUUUCGGUCAGAGUGCUGGCGGCAGUAGCAUUCAGUUCCACAUGAUGAGUCCUCUAAGUAAAGGACUGUUUUCAAAGGCAAUUCUGGAGAGUGGCAGUGCUCUAGCAUUUUGGAAUGAUCCACACAAGGAUUGGUUUGCGCUAGCUAGGCAACAAGCCGCUGCUGUCGACAUUUUUGGUGCGGCCGAAAUGAACUCCUGGCAGCUGAUUGAUGCUCUGCGAAAUGUUGAUGCGGUUAAACUUGUAGCCAGUAUUGAUAAGCUGAAAAGUUGGAACGUACAGCCGAUUAUGUUGUAUCACCCAGUCAUCGAGCGGUACGUUGAUGAAGAGACAUUUUUAGCCGAAGAUCCAAUGAUCCUUUGGAAGGAAGGACGUUACCAUCGGGUACCUUGGAUGACUGGAUACGUUCCAAAUGAGGGAGCAGGUCUAUUAUUAUACGUGCUAUCCAACGCUACAUUAUUGCAACAAUUGAUUGAAAAUCAACAGUCACUGGUGCCUGCGUUUGUUGGUGUUUCUGAAUCAAUUUUGCCACAACUUUAUAACGGAUAUUUCGAAGGAAAUCCUCUGAACGUUAACAAUUCCGAAGGAGCAAGUCGAAUGGCAACAGAUGCCGCCAUAUUAUACCCGAUGAUCAAAGGAAUCAGACAGCACCUACGCAAUCGGAAGGAAGAACCGGUGUCGCUUUAUUAUUUCAACUUCAAAGGACGUUAUUCGUACUCAUCUCUUUAUACGGGUUUGACUUCCAACAAAGAUUACGGAAUCUGUCACAGCGAUGAUCUGAUCUAUUUGUUUCGACAACGGUUAGUGUUUCCAGAUUUUCCACCGAAUUCCCCCGAAGCGGAAAUGUCUCGGCGGCUGAUUGAAAAUUUUAUUCGAUUCGCCUACGACGGAGAACUAAAUUCAAGCGAUGACACUGAAAGGUGCUGCGGUAAUCAAACUGGACGGAACAAAUUUGUAGGUUUGGUUGAGUUUACGAACUCGGCAGGCCCUUCACAUGUGAAUAUACGUUAUCUAGACGAAAACAAUGCUGUUGUAAGUGAUUUAUUGGAAAUGUUUGACUGGUGGUCAAAGUUGGAAAAAUAAAUUUAUAUAUAGUAUCACACAAUAUUUUUUAGUUAAAAACAAGACCACUUCCUAAGCAUCGAACUUACUUCGUUAACUCGGAACCGU